UUUCCUCCUCUUGGUCAGAAGAGGCGAUAAUGGAGUCGGGCGGCGCGGUGCUGGCGGAGAGCGGGCCCGGACUUGGGCCCGGGGCUGAAGCGGGUUCUGGAUGUGGAACAGGGCCCGUGUCAGUCACCGGCAUUCCUGCUAACAACAGCUUCGGCAAACCAAAGGCGUUACCUAAAGGCCGCGAGUUUUUCAGAAACCAGCGGAAAGAUUCGGAGGGUUUCUCUGAAUCACCUGACCUGGAGUUUGAUUAUUCUGAUAGUGAUAAAUGGGCAGCAGAACUUUCAGAACUGUAUAGCUACACAGAGGGUCCUGAGCUUCACCUAAAUCGGAAAUGCUUUGAAGAAGAAUUCAAGACUCAUGUGAAAGACAAGAAGUGGACUGAAGUGGAUAUCUCAGAGCAUCAGACACAUGCCAUGAGAUUGCUGGAUGGCCUGGAGGUAACUGCCAGGGAGAAAAGGCUGAAAGUGGCUCGUGCUAUACUUUAUAUGGCACAAGGUACUUUUGGUGAAUGUAACUCUGAAGACGAGGUCCAGCAAUGGAUGAGAUAUAAUAUAUUUCUGCUGCUUGAAGUUGGCACCUUUACUGCAUUGGUGGAACUACUCAGCAUGGAGAUUGACAACAGUGCAGCAUGUAGUAAUGCAGUGAGAAAGCCAGCAAUCUCUUUGGCUGACAGUACAGAUUUAAGAGUGCUACUGAACAUAAUGUACCUAAUGGUGGAGACAAUCCGUCAGGAAACAGAAGAGGAUAAUCUGGAAUGGAGGGCAAUGAGGGAGACCUUCAGAACAGACCUAGGUGUAUCCCUGUACAACAAUGAACCAUUUUCAGUUAUGCUAUUUGGGAUGGUGACCAAAUUCUGCAGUGGUCAUGCUCCCCAUUUCCCUAUGAAGAAAGUUCUCUUGUUGCUUUGGAAAACUGUAUUGCUAUCGCUAGGAGGCUUUGAAGACUUGCAGGUUCUUAAAGUGAAGAAACGUGAGGCACUUGGUCUGCCACCACUCCCUGAAGACAGCAUCAAAGUGAUCCGUAACAUGAGAGCUGCCUCACCACCAGCAUCUGCCUCUGACCUAAUAGAGCAGCAGCAGAAACGGGCUCGCCGAGAGCACAAGGCACUGAUGAAGCAGGAUAAUUUAGAUGCUUAUAAUGAGAAAGACCCAUACAAAACAGAUGAUCCUCGUGAGGAUGAUGAUGAGAACGAUGAUAAUGAUAACUCAAUUGAGGCUGAAACAUUUUCUUUAGAAAGGGAAGAGGUUUUGCCACCAGCGCUCCCACAUGCUACUGUUGAACGAAUAUCACUCCCAAAGGGACUGCCUUGGGCUCCAAAAGUGAGAGAAAAAGACAUUGAAACGUUUUUGGAAUCCAGCAGGAGUAAGUUCAUCGGUUAUACUUUAGGCAAUGAUACGGAUACCAUUGUUGGAUUACCACGGCCCAUUCAUGAAAGUAUAAAAACUCUUAAGCAGCACAAGUACAUUUCAAUAUCUGAGAUUCAGAUAAAGAAGGAAGAGGAAUAUUUGAAAAAGCCACUCUCAGCGGGAGAUGAAGAGUUUGACCUGACACCUGCCGAAAUUCUAUACCAGGGUAUACUACCCAGUCUGCCUCAAUACAUGAUUGCUUUACUAAAGAUCCUUCUGGCUGCAGCCCCAACCUCAAAAGCAAAGACUGACUCAAUCAAUAUUCUUGCGGAUGUCUUACCAGAAGAAAUGCCUACCACCGUGCUACAGAGUAUGAAACUGGGAGUUGAUGUCAACAGGCACAAAGAGAUCAUCGUAAAAGCAAUUUCUGCUGUCUUGUUAUUGUUACUUAAGCAUUUCAAACUCAACCACAUCUAUCAAUUUGAAUACAUGGCACAGCACCUGGUUUUUGCCAAUUGCAUUCCACUCAUUUUAAAGUUUUUCAAUCAGAACAUCAUGUCCUACAUUACAGCAAAGAACAGUAUUUCGGUUCUGGAUUUCCCAUACUGUGUUGUACAUGAACUCCCUGAACUGACGGCAGAGAGCUUGGAAACAGGUGAUAACAACCAGUUCUGCUGGAGGAAUCUCUUUUCAUGCAUAAACCUCCUUAGAAUCCUCAAUAAGCUGACCAAAUGGAAACAUUCAAGGACAAUGAUGCUGGUAGUAUUUAAGUCAGCUCCAAUCCUGAAACGAGCACUCAAAGUGAAACAAGCCAUGAUGCAGUUAUAUGUUCUGAAGUUGCUGAAGGUACAGACCAAAUACUUAGGUCGGCAAUGGCGGAAGAGCAACAUGAAGACAAUGUCUGCAAUCUAUCAGAAGGUGCGCCAUCGACUGAAUGAUGACUGGGCUUAUGGGAAUGAUCUUGAUGCCCGUCCGUGGGAUUUUCAGGCUGAGGAAUGUGCUUUGAGAGCCAACAUUGAACGUUUUAAUAGUCGCAGAUAUGAUAAAAAUCCAAGUAAUCCUGAUUUUGCUCCAGUGGAUAACUGUUUGCAGAGUGUACUAGGACAGCAGCUGGUACUGCCAGAGGAAUUCCAAAUGAACUAUGACCUGUGGCUUGAGAGGGAAGUAUUCUCAAAGCCAAUCAGCUGGGAGGAGCUUCUUCAGUAAUUUCCAACGCCAUUCUGUAUCAUAGUCAAUCAUUCUGUAACUGUGUAAUAAAUUAAUCACUGUCUUCGUGAACUGCAUUUUGUAAGCUGGGAGAUCUAAUGAUUUUAUUUAUCGACAUAUUGAUGAUGGGAAUCAAAGCAGAUUUUCUUCCCAACUAUUGUAUUUGACACUAAACUGAAUGCCAAGUCACUAGUAUCUGUUGGAAAGUUUUAUGUGGUAAUUACGUGGGAUAUCUUUGGGCCUGUCAUGACUCAUAUUGUUAAAUAACGUAUUUAGCUUCACACAUGAAUGAACACUUGGUUGAGGUAUCAGAGGACAACCAUAACUCCAAAAGCUACGGUCUGUGGGAAAGGAGAUGAAAGAAUUGAAAGUAGUAGUAGUUGAGGAACAUUUCAAGCCACAGGGAGUUAAUUGACUGAUCAUUAACUAUGGUGAAAAGGUAAAGCCGUAAAAUGUUGUUUUAUGUUUGUGUCUACUUAUUGCUAACAUUAACCAAGAAUUUCAUAUUUUGUACCACCUCUCAUAGAAUUCUAGGUUUUAUAUAUAUAUAUUUGUAUUGUUCCUUUUAAUUGUUAAAUAUAUAAUGCAAGAUUUUCUGGCCCUAGUACAAA